AUGGCUGGGCAGGGUGGGAUCAGUGUAGUUACGAUGGCGAGCAUGAAGCAGAAGGCGGGCGACAUGAUGUCCGCGGCGAAGGAGAAGAUGUCCGAGGUCAGCGCGAAAACCGGCGAAGCCGUCGCGAAGGGCAAGGCGGAGGUGCAGGAGAGCAUGGACAAGGCGCGCCAUCCGACUAGCAAGGAGGCGCGCGCGAUUGCGGACGCGAAGGAGGCGCAGCGGAAGGAGCACGCGGAGCUGGAGAAGGAGCGGAAGAUCGCGGGCGCGAUGGAGAGGGAAGCUGCGGAGAAGGAGGCGCGACACGAGAAGCACGGCGUGAUAGGCGCUGGCACUGGUACUGGUCACGAAUAUGGCACUGGUGCUGGUGGUGCUGGGACUGGGCAUGGCACUGGUGGGGGGUAUGGAACGACGACUGGGACUGGGCAUGGGACGGAGAGUAGCGGGGGAGAUUAUGGCACCAGGGCGGAGCAUGGGUAUGGCAUCACCGGGAUGACUGGGCAUGGUGCUGGUGUCAUUAAUAGCCCCGGCCGUGGCACUUCCGAGCACGGAACCACAGGACAUACCACUGGUCAUCAUGGCACCACUGGUGCCGCGCAGGUGGGGCACAGCACAGAGGGCACCGGACUUGGCGGCACUGAUACCACUGGUGGAACCACAGGGCGCAGGCACGUGUUUCAGUGA